UCAUCCACUCUACAAAUCAGCAUUCGAAUCCUCGAUCAAACCAUUGACACAUAAGGAGCAAUACAUCGAAUACUCAAGAACUUUCGGAAAUAUCAAAACCUUCACUCUCUCAAGCCCGAAAUCCUCAAGCCAUUCAACGCGCGAAAAUCCACCUCAGCCCGGAACCCAAAGUAUUCAACAAGAUGUCCUCCACCCAAUCCGCUCCCCCCACAGUCCGCGUCGGCGUAGGCGUCUUCAUCCUCUCCCCCUCCCACACAAAACACCCCUCAAACCCCACCUUCCUCCUCGGCCUCCGCAAAGGCUCCCACGGCUCCGGAACCUACGCCCUCCCAGGCGGUCACCUAGAAUUCAACGAAACCUUCUCUUCCUGCGCAAUCCGCGAAGUCCUCGAAGAAACAGGCCUACGCAUCAAAGAACCGGAAUUCCUAACAGCAACAAAUGAUAUAAUGGAGACGGAAAAUAAACAUUAUGUUACGAUAUUCAUGUGUUGUGAACGAGAGGAUGAGGAGCAAGAAGCAGAGAAUUUGGAGGUGGAGAAGUGCGAGGGGUGGGAAUGGGUUAGUUGGGAGGAGAUGAAGAGGGGGUGGGAAGAUGGUGCAGCGGAGGGAGAUGUGGCAAAAAGGAAGAAAUUGUUUACGCCGUUGGUGAAUUUGAUUCGGCAGAGGCCAGAGGUCGUGCCGAGUUAUUCUUAGGCGAGCUGUCCCAGGCAGGACUUCGAUUGUGAAAGA